CGAUCCACCGCGUAACUUCCUCCGUCACUCCAACGGACUUCGUUUCUCUUCAGGAUCAUGGCCUUCAACAAGAAAUACGCAGGUCUUCCUGACCUGGACCUUGCCCCCGAUGUUUACGAAACCCCAGAUCUGACCGACGAAGCUUCGACUCUACCAACCACUACCGCGCGUACUAUCUUUGACACAGACGACGAAGUCGGUUCCGACUCAGACAUUGACCGUCAUGGCAUUAACGCGGACGAAGCACGCGCCCAUUUCCUAGGAGCUACCGUUGAUGCGCGCGAUGUCAAUUUCUCCGAUAGUAUUGCUGUAAAGCGCAAAGCAUACAGGAACCGAAACCGCCGACGACGAAGGGGAGAUGGUGGUUCCGGGUAUGCUGGUGAUGCCAGCGACAGUGAGGAGGAGACAGUGGAGAGGAAACUGGCCCGGCUCCGGAGGGAGGUUGAAGAAUUGAAAGAUGAUCUGGCUGCUCGAAACGCUGAUGCGAAUCAGAGCGAAGCUGACGUGACCAUGGAUGAUGGUGUGCUAGAACUGAGUCGCGCGUUGGAUAAUCUGCACGCUUCCACACGGGGUUCUGGAGAACCGCAAUCCGCGGCUACCGCAUUGUCUCGAAGGCUUGAAUCUCGCUCCCUUGCUGAUCCCAAGAAGGAGUCGGAUAAUUCAACAACCAAUGCAAAAAUGCCAUCUACUUCCGCGGGAAUCUUGACGCACGCUGCCGCCUUCGAUAGCCGACUCGCCCUUGUAGAGGCUGCCAUGGGCAUCUCCAGCUCGUCCAAUCCACUCAUCAUCGAUACUAUCUCCAAAUCCGCUCUUCAUCCUGUUCUCCCGACCCUGGAUCUUUUAACCUCCCGUCUUUCUACCCUCACGAGCAUUCUAGUCGGCCCGGCUCCCGGUUCAGCCGCCCAGGCCCCAGGUUCCGCACCUCCCUUGACGACUCCACAUCUGGAGGCCCUGGCCUCGCGGGUUAGAAAACUAACGGCCGAUGCGGAAGCGCUCGAGUUCGCACGCAAACGUGCCAAUGAUGCUGUAAAGGCCCGCAUCGCAGCCCCUGCAGUCGACGAUGAUCCUGUGGCAUCCUCGCAAGACCCAGCUACCGACCCGGCCGCUGCCCAACGCGAUGAACAAGCCUCCAAGAUCCAGGCACUUUACGCCACCCUGCCGACCAUACAAUCCCUCCACCCCAUCCUUCCCGGGGUCCUGGAACGGUUACGUUCCCUCCGUGCCAUCCACGCCGGGGCCGCGCAGGCUGCGGAAUCCCUGGACGCCGUGGAACGGCGUCAAGCGGAGAUGACCAAGGAGAUCGAGCAAUGGCACGAGGGAUUGAGAGUCGUAGAGGAAAAGAUGAGCCAAAGCGAGGCAGCCAUGAAGAGCAAUAUUGAGGUUGUCGAACCUUGGGUGAGGGAUUUGGAAACGAGAUUGGAUCGAUUGGAGAAUAAUGCUGGCAAUGAUGAUAUUUUCUGAUAUCAUCGUGCCUGUCUGAGAAUGUUUAUCUUCUUUCUUUUUACUCCGUAUACUGACAUGAAUUAAAUAAUACCCA